UGUCCCGGUCCCCGUCGGUAGUCAGGCCCCUGCAGCCAUCCAGCGAAGGCAAAGGAGAACGCCAAGCCUCCUGGGGUUUUAGCGGAGACCAAGACGCUCCCAAAUAGCACAGCUCCCGACAUCCCGCGCUGUAGGAGGAAAGGGCGUCUGAGAUAAGAUGCCCGGCUGUGGGGGACUCGAGAAGAGGAGGAGGAGGGAGGGAGGGGGAGAAGUAGAAGGCAUCCGGCUGGCGGGUGCAGCAAGUGGAGAUGCGGGAACGGCAGAGAAGGCGACUUCACCAUCCCUGCACCUGAAGCUUUGAUGGGGGCGAACGGCGGGCGGAGAAGGAGACAGAGGAGGAGGAGGAAGAGGAAGAGGAAUUUGGCCUCCGCCAGGUUCGCAUUUCCGCGCAAGCUCCUCGCGAAAAGCCAGCAGCGCGGAUGGGGUUCGAUAAAGUGAGGCGGAACCGUCCAUAAAAGGAAGAGCAGUUCAUCGCAGUCAGAGUCAUCAAUCGCCCGGUGGUCGUCACGGACAAGCCUGGACUGGGCAACGGUGAAGGAGCACCCCCGUCCCCCGACCCGGGCGGAGGAAGAAGCCGCAGGUGCCGGCGGACCCUCUGUUCUGCUGCUUCGGGCAAGGUUGAUCCGGAGCGCGCCCGGGGCGGAUGGCCGGGUGAAGCCGCCCCGGCGUGGGCUCCUCUGGGCGGAGGACGGGUGGGGGGAAAGAGUUGGCCUCCCGAGGCCUCCUCGCUGAUGGCGAAUGCCAGCGAGCCGGGAGGAAACAGCAGCCCAUCGACCCUGAGCAGUAGCGCGAGCGCCUCCCCCUUGGCCGCCCCGGGCCUGAAACUGGCCACCCUGGGCGGGAUCCUGUGCAUCAGCCUGGCCGGCAACGGGCUGUUCGCGCUGCUCAUCCUCAGGGAGCGGCAUCUGCACCGGGCUCCGUACUACCUGCUGCUGGACCUUUGCCUGGCCGACGGGAUGCGCUCGCUGGCCUGCUUCCCCGCGGUCAUGCUGUCCGUGCGGCGCGGCGCGGAAUCCGGGGGGGACCUGCCGCCCGGAGCUCUGGGUUGCAAGCUCCUCGCCUUCCUGGCCGUGCUCUUCUGCUUCCACGCCGCCUUCCUGCUCCUCUGCGUGGGCGUGACCCGCUACUUGGCCAUCGCCCACCACCGCUUUUACGCCAAGAGGCUGACGGGCUGGACCUGCGCUGUGAUGGUGUGCGUGGCGUGGGCGCUGGCCCUGGCCAUGGCCUUCCCCCCGGUGCUGGAUGUGGGCACUUACCGCUUCGUCCGCGAGGAGGCCCAGUGCACCUUCGAGCACCGCCACGUGGGGGCCAACGACACGCUGGGCUUCAUGCUCAUGCUGGCCGCCGUGGUCGGGGCCACUCACCUGGUCUACCUCAGGCUCCUCUUCUUUAUACACGACCGCCGCAAGAUGAAGCCGGCCCAGCUGGUCCCGGCCGUCAGCCAGAACUGGACCUUUCACGGGCCCGGGGCCACGGGGCAAGCGGCGGCCAACUGGACGGCGGGCUUCGGCCGGGGCCCCACCCCGCCCGCCCUGGUGGGGAUUCCGCCGACCGGCCACGGCCAGGCCCGGCGGCGGCUCUUGGGCCUGGAGGAGUUCAAUUCGGAGAAGCGGCUGUGCAAGAUGUUCUACAUGAUCACGUUGCUCUUCUUGCUCCUCUGGGGGCCCUACAUCGUGGCCUGCUACCUGCGGGUCUUCGUCCGGGCCGCCGCCAUCCCCCCGGGCUACGUGAAGUCCUCCGUGUGGCUCACCUUCGCCCAGGCGGCCGUCAACCCUAUCGUGUGCCUCAUCUUCAACAAGGAGCUGCGCGUCUGCUUCUGGGCUCGCUUCCCCUGCUGCCAGAGCCCCCAGACCAGUCAGGGGACCCUCCUGUACCAUCUGAAAGGCUUUGGGGUAUAAAUGAUUGAGGGUGGGAACCUCUCCCCCUCCCCUGCUUCCCCAUCAUCUCCCCUCCCACCCCACCGCCCCAAACACACACACGUCUCCCCCACACUGUCUCUUCCCUUCACUUUGAAGAUCGAAGGUUCUUCUCUUUACCGUGGUUGUCUUCGAGACAAAGAUUUGGACUGUGGACGGGGCGGGCCCGGCCGGGCCGGGGAAACAUGAAGAGCGCUGCAAGGAGGGCUCAUCUCCAGCUCGUCUACUCGCUUUUUUUCGCAAGGCAGGGCUCUACAUUUUUCGGGCCUUGCUGGGUUCAACAGGUUUCCUCUACCCUACGCUCUGGAAUGAACAAUAGGUGCUGCAGGUGUUUUGUAUGGGGACGUCCAUUUUGCUAGAGGCUCCAACAGUUUUCUUUGUUCGACGUUUCCUAAAGGCUAAGCCACAUUUUCUACAGAAGUUAUUUUUAACUCUUGCGGUCUAUUGUAAAGGGGGAGAAAAAGCAAAGGGAAAAUGAUAAGGACCCUCAGAAGUCACUUGCUUGUGAGUGUCAUUGCACUCCACAGGGUUGCAUUCAAAUAAAAGU